AUGGCGAAAAGAAAACGCGAAGCAGCAGCAAAGGAGAAGGUUAAGAAGAGGAACACCCGAGAAAAAAGCCAGAUAAAGGCUCUCAAUAUGGAAGCAUACGAAGAGCUACUCAUAUGGGCAAAAGAUAAAGGUAUCAAUCUCAACGGCGUCGAGCCCAGGCGGAUACCAGGCCGAGGUAUGGGAAUAGUGGCUACAAAGCCACUCGAGGAAGACGAAACUAUUCUAACAGUUCCCUCUACCACCCUCCGGACGUAUGAAACCGUCCACCCUUCCAUAUCCCGUGCCCUGCCUAAGGACAUCUCCAUUCACGGCCUCCUAGCCGCCGAUCUCGCCUUCGACCCUUCUCCGUCCGUCAAGUAUCGGCAAUGGAACACCGUCUGUCCUUCGCGUGAAGAUAUCUGGGACUAUUUGCCUCUAACAUGGGAUCACCAACUGCGAGAGUUUUUGCCCAGAAAGGCGCUGGAGUUGCUUCUAAAGCAGGAGGCCAAAUUUGAGAAAGACUGGUCCAUGGUCCAACAGUCUAAGCUCCUCUCUUCAGGGCCUGGCCAGAAAGAGAACAAGAGCUUGGAAGAGGAAGAAUGCGGAACACUGAAUAAGGGCAUAACAAGAGAUGACUACCUCUAUGCCUGGCUCCUCGUCAACACCCGCACCUUCUACCAUGAAACCCCAAAGACGAAGAAGUUCAAUAAAGAUGACAGAAUGGUCCUGCAACCAGUCGCAGACUUGUUUAACCACACCUCGUAUGACCCAUCAACCGAGGAGAAGGAAGGCAACAAGAAAACCUGCUCAGUCGCCUUCUCACCGACCGCCUUCACCAUCACCACCACCCGCCCCUACGCCGCUGGCGAAGAAGUCUACAUCUGCUACGGCAACCACUCCAACGAUUUCCUCCUGAUCGAAUAUGGCUUUCUCUUUGACGAAAACGUCUGGGACGAAGUCUGCAUAGAUGAUGCCAUCCUUCCUUUACUCGACCAAGCCCAAACCCACUCCCAAUCCCAACAGCAGCAGCAGCAACCACCAAGGAAAGUAACUCGAAGACUCAACGAACGAGGAAAAAAAGAGCCCAAGUCACAAGCGUCCCAACAGCAACCACCAAAAUCCCCCAAAGAAAUCCUCGAGGAAACCGGCUUCCUAGGCAACUACAACCUCGAUCCGCGCAACCCCACAGGCUGCUACCGCACACAGGUCGCACUUCGCGCCCUUUCUGCUCUCGCAGACAGCCCAGGGCCGCAAGGUGAAAAGAAGUUCCGGGCCUUCAUCGACUACGGCCAAGACCCGUGGGAGGAAUCGCCGGAGGAACAGGCGAAGCUGAAUGCAUUGUUGGCACAAGCGCUGAAGCGAUGGAGCUCAGAUGUUAUUGAAAAGAAGAUUCGGGACGGGUUGGAUAAGUUGGAGUGGAGAGAGGGACAUGAAGGUGUAGUCGGGAGGGAGUGUCAUAGGGGGUUGUUGUCGAUGAGGUGGAUGCAGGUGAAGAGGAUGGUUGAUAGGGCUUUGAAGGAGCUUGAGGGUUGAGGGUUGAAGACUGGGUUUUUGGGGAGGGAGGAGAGGAGAAACGCCGAGGGUUGUGUCACAGGCUGGGAACAUAGAUGGAC